UACGACCCGGAAAACCAGUUCUUUUGUUUCAUCUGCUUCGCUGCAAUCAUAAUUAUCAGCUCCGCCGCCCACAAUGUCCUCCUCCGCCGUCCAACCGCCACUCUCCUCCGACUCGGAUUCCGAUACUUCGUCCCCCUCGUCCUCCUCCACGCACCACCGCCACGCCGACCUCUCCUCCUCCAUCUUCCAAUCGUACCUCUCCCACUCCAGUUAUCCGCACAACGAUCGGAAUCAAGACCUGAUUAAGAUCCAAUCGUUCCUCACCUCUUCACGCUCCGGUGCGCUUUCCUGCCUCAUUUGCCUCGAGCGCAUCAAACCCACCGAUCCCACAUGGUCCUGCUCCUCCAGCUGCUUCGCCCUCUUCCACCUCCUCUGCAUCCAAUCCUGGGCCAACCAAUCCAUCAACCUCGCCGCCUCACGCGCCUCCCUACGCGCCGCCGUCGUCCCCGACGAGAACUCCCUCGUGUGGCCCUGCCCCAAAUGCCGCGUCGAGUACCGCAAAACCCAAACCCCGAAGAAUUACUUCUGUUUCUGCGGCAAAGUCCAGGAUCCGCCCCGCGACCCGUGGGUCCUGCCCCAUUCAUGCGGCGAAAUCUGCGGCCGGUCGUUGAAAUACGAUUGCGGGCAUUUCUGUCUGCUGUUGUGCCACCCUGGUCCUUGCCCGGCCUGCCCGAAGUUAGUGAGGAACAAGUGUUUCUGCAGGAAAUCAGAGGAUGUUAAGCGAUGUGGAUUCAAGAAUUUCUCUUGUAAUGGAGUCUGUAAGAAGCUACUGGAAUGUGGAGUUCAUAGAUGUGGCGAGAUCUGCCACGAUGGAUCGUGCCUGCCGUGUAAGGAAAAAGGGACUUACAAGUGUCAAUGCGGGAAAGUGGAGACUACGAGAGAAUGUUGCGAGAGGGAUUUUCGAUGCGAUAAUGCUUGUAAUAGGAUGUUGGGUUGUGGGAGGCAUGUUUGUGAGAGGGGAUGUCACGAGGGUGACUGCGGGGAUUGCCCACUUCAAGGGAAGAUGACGUGUCCUUGUGGAAAGAGAGCUUAUGAAGGGAUGGCGUGUGAUGUCGCCGUGCCUUUGUGUGGGGCCACUUGCGAGAAGAUGUUGAGUUGCAGGUUUCACAGGUGUUCCGAGAGGUGCCAUCGUGGGCCCUGCAUUCAAACUUGUAGGAAUGUCGUUACGAAAUCUUGUAGGUGUGGGAGCUUGAAGAAGCAGGUUCCUUGCUAUCAAGAGUUGACGUGUGAGAGGAAGUGCCAGAAAGUUAGGGAUUGUGGGCGGCAUGCUUGUAAGCGCCGCUGCUGCGAUGGUGAUUGCCCGCCUUGCUCUGAGACAUGUGAUCGGAAGCUUAGGUGUAGGAAUCACAAGUGCCCAGCUCCAUGUCACAUAGGUGCCUGUGCUCCUUGCCCGUUGAUGGUGAGAAUCUCAUGUUCAUGUGGGGAGACGCAGUUUGAGGUUCCUUGUGGCAUAGAGAAUGAACAAAAACCUCCCAGAUGUCGGAAAACAUGUCCUGUAGCUCCUCUGUGCAGGCACAGAUCAAGUUGUAAGCCACAUAAGUGCCAUUACGGUGCUUGCCCACCAUGUCGCCUGGUUUGUGAUGAAGAAUACUCAUGCGGCCACAAAUGCAAAUUAAGGUGCCAUGGUCCUCAACCACCUCCUAAUCCCGAAUUUACUUUAAAACCGAGAAAGAAGAAAUCAAACCAGCCGAGUGAGCCGACUCCUGGUUCCGCUUGUCCUCCUUGUCCGGAACCUGUGCUGAGGUCAUGCUUUGGUCAUCACAUAGGAACAGAGAGAAUGAUGGUUUGUUCAAAUAGAGCAGAAUUUUCUUGCGAUAAUCUAUGUGGAAAUCCUCUUCCUUGUGGCAAUCAUUACUGCACUUAUGUAUGUCAUGCCAUGAAAGCUCGUUCCUCAAAAUCAGAUACAUGUGAAGAGUGCAAUCUCCCUUGUGAAAAGGAGAGAGAGCCUGCAUGUCAACAUCCAUGCCCACUGCCAUGUCAUCGUGGAGAGUGUCCCCCUUGCAAGACGCUGAUUAAGCGUUCGUGUCACUGUGGGUCCAUGAAACAUGUUUUCGAGUGUAAAUAUUUUAACUGCCUCUCAGAGAAAGAGCAAAUGGCUGUUCGUUCUUGCAAAGGGCCUUGCCAUAGAAAGUUGCCAAAUUGUACCCAUUUAUGCCCAGAGACGUGUCACCCUGGUGCGUGCCCGUUACCUGACAAGUGCUCUAAGAAGGUGACUGUUCGUUGCGGGUGCCAAACCUUAAAGAAAGAAUGGCUUUGUCAAGACGUACAAACAGCAUAUCAUAGUUCUGAAAGGGUACAUGAAGAGGAGAAAAUUUCCAGAUUUCAGAAAAUAGUUGCUGCUGUUAAAAAGGUGAUGCUGGUUAUUGUGAUUGUUGUGAUUGUAAUUGCAUCUGCUUAUUUGGGGUACAAAGGUCUUGUUUGGCUGUCUGACUGGAUGAACGAAAAUGAAGCCCGUCAACGAAGAAAAUAUUCACGAAACUAGUACGUUUUUUAAGUUCCCCUGCUCGAUUUUUUUUAAAGAUGGAUCGGAGUUCAAUUCUUGAUCCUUCACUUGGUAGACCGGCAUAAUUCUUUUUAUCUUUUUUUUUUUAAUUUUUAAAAGAAAAAAAUUAUUUUUUAUUUUUUUGAAACUUUUUUUUAAAAGCAAAAUUAUGAUGAUGUAAACUAAAUAUUUCUGAUAUGAAUCUAUUAAAAUUCAGCCUAUUCUAAAAUUUUGAAGUCCAACAGAUGGCCCAAAGUAUUAGUAGCUUUGGUGACCCUACACGUGUCGUCAUCUUGAUGUAUUAACUGGGCUAUCCUAUAAUUGACUGCUUUGAAUGAGAUUCUCAAAGUCAA